AUGCAAGCGUGGAAAGCGUUGGUCCAAGCCUCCAAAUAUCAAAUAUACGUCUCUCGCAGUCUCGACCCCUUCUUAAAUCUCUCAAUUGAACACUAUCUACUGCAACAAUCUCCACCAAGUUCAACCGUCCUUUUCCUGUAUGUGAACAGACCAUGUGUUGUCAUUGGCAGGAAUCAGAAUCCAUGGCUCGAAGUAGACCUAAAUUUACUUAAGCAAACUCGUGCCUCAGGGCAUACCCAACAUGUAGAUGGCAAAGAAUCCAACCCGCCUUGGGAAAACGUGCAGCUCGUCAGAAGACGAUCUGGAGGAGGCACCGUCUUCCAUGAUGAGGGCAAUGUCAACUACAGCGUCAUCUGUCCCACAGCCAACUUUACCCGCGACAAACAUGCAGAGAUGGUGACGAUGGCGAUACGAGAAGUCAAUCCACGCGCCCGAGUCAACGAAAGACAUGACAUUGUCCUCGAUCAAGGAAGCGUCUUGGAAGAAAUGGAUUGGCCUGACGCGGCUGAUAUGCAUCGAACAAUGUUCCAUCCAAGCAGCGAAAAGAAUCCACCCCUCAAGGUCUCCGGAUCCGCGUACAAAAUGACCCGACAGCGGUCACUGCAUCAUGGCACUUGUCUCUUGGCGUCUGGGGGCUUAGCCAGGAUCUCACAGUACCUGCGAUCUCCUUCGCGGCCUUUCAUCAGGGCCAGAGGCGUAGAGAGUGUUCGCUCACCGAUUAGCAACGUACAUGAGACACCCAAAGCGUCGACCCCAAGGUUUAAUAAUUCAUUUCAGAUGGAGGUCACGAAAACAUUUGCGGAAUUGUACGGGAUUGGGAGACCAGGUCAUAUGUGUGGCUUCAGGGAGCUGUUUAAUAUGAACGAUGGAGAGAUACUUUGUGACUGGAAUAGCGAGUGGGUUACAGGCUUUGUAGGAAGCAAAUUCGACAAUAUCGAUGAGGUACAAGAGAUACAAGAGGGUAUCGAGGAACUGCAGUCUUCCAAAUGGCUCUAUGGACAAACGCCGCAAUUUACACUCUCGAGCCAUUCUAAUGAAGAAGAUGAAAGGGAACGACCGCCACUACCGAAAGACUUUCCACCAUCAGCUCGUGUGUAUCUCAAAAUUAGGUCUGGAGUGGUUGAGUCCAGUAAAAUAUCGAUAUCCUCUGAUGAGGACUCCGCGAACACUGAGAGAAAAAAGUUUGACCACGUCCUCAAAGACAAAAAUAUCCAUGAUAUUGGCGAUUUCAACGAUGUGCUCAACCGAGUCGAACAUGGUGUCUCGACUGAGGUGUCGAGCAUCUCAAGAUGGCUUAACAUCAUGUUUGGAAAGUCGAGCUGA